AUGCAUCUGAGCAGGUUUGGGCUGGCUGCCCUUGGGGCUGCUGCUGUCAACGCUUUCCGCGAUACCUCGCCUUUCUUCCUCGCCUCUACCUCUGAUGUCCUUGCGAACUCCGCAUAUAUCCAGACCGGAGCUUCUCUCUUCGAAUCCCUCUCAUCCUCUCUUGGCACCUGUCCGUCGGAUUACUAUGUCAUCGUCUACCAGCCUGGUGUGCACAGCACUGACUUCGCGUCGCGCAAGUCCGCGCCCCGCUUGGGUGCGAAGAUGCUUGGCAAGGACAGCUCGAUCCGGUCCAAGAUGAGUGUCAACGAAGUUGCUGGCCUGGUCGAACCUAAGCAGGUCAAGAGCCUUUUGGAGGAGAAGUGCAAAGCCCAGACUACCACCAUCGACACCGCCUCCGGAUCAUACCCCUCGUCUUUCGAGAAGGGUCCCCGUAUCAUAGAUGUCGAAUUCCCCAUGCUCUCGCUCGGAUCGGACCGUGCGCAGCAGCUCUCUAGCUUCGAUGGUCUCCUCUCCGAUAUUGUUGCUCAAAUUCCCUCCACCUCUAAGUAUACUAUUAUCUACCUGACCUCCCCGAGGGAGUUCCCCGAGACCGACUCCGUCAUCUACAAGACCGAUGGAGAUUCCUACCACGAUGCCCUCCACAUGGAGCUUAAGCGUGACUACUCAUCCCACGUAGGCUCGUCAGACAAGUCCACAUCUCUUUUCGAGGAGUAUCAGUACUUCACUCCAGGCAUCUUCAUGGGUCUGAUGGCUGCCUUCCUCUUCUUCGCGAUCUUGUACAUUGGUAUCAAUGCCCUUGGCAGUCUUCAGGUACCCUAUGCUGCAUUCGAGAAGGACACCUCGGCCGCUGUGCAAAAGAAGGCGCAGUAA